UUGCUUACGUCACUUUUAUUAAUGUUUUUCUGAUAGGUAUCAAAAAAAUUGUUGAAUACUUGAUUAUAUUUUUAAUAAAUGACCUUUAAGUAACAACUAGGCUAUAUACGUGAUCAAAAGUAAGCAUACAGUUCACAUACGGUAUGAACGUAAGCUUGGUUAUCAGUGACCUCGUCCCCCUAUUCCGAAAGACUGCCGUGCCAUUUGUUUAGGCAUGUCGGUUUGGUCAGCUAGCACUGUCGGGCAUCAGAACACUCGGUACAGUCAUUCAAAUAGCUGGUGUCCUAAUCUGACGAAGCACAAGUGCGUGAUGUCAGGAGAGACACCUAUCCAGUCUGGAGAUGCAUUGCACACGCCAGCUUAUCUGUCAUGGCGCAAAUUGCAGCUUAGCCGUGCCAAACUUAAGGCUUCCAGCAAGACGUCGGCCCUGUUGUCUGGCUUUGCCAUGGUGGCAAUGGUAGAAGUACAACUGAAUCCACCCAACGAUACAAAAGUGCCGCCAGCAAUGCUUGUAGCGUUUACAGUUUGCACUACGCUUUUAGUCGCUGUUCACAUGUUGGCCCUCAUGAUAAGUACAUGCAUUCUUCCCAACAUAGAAGCAGUUGGUAAUCUCCACAGCAUAUCCCUCGUCCACGAAUCUCCACACGAAAGGCUGCAUUGGUACAUAGAAAUAGCUUGGGCGUUCUCAACUUUACUAGGCCUCAUUCUGUUCCUCGUAGAAAUCGCCAUACUGUGCUGGGUAAAGUUCUAUGACCUAAGCGAAACCGCAGCGUGGUCUGCUUGCGUUGUGUUAAUACCUGUUAUGAUAGUGUUUCUAGCGUUUGCAAUUCACUUUUAUAUGUCCCUUGCGUCGCACAAGUACGAAGUUACGGUCACUGGCAUAAAGGAAUUGGAACUGUUGAAAGAGCAAAUAGAGAUGGGCGAUCACGAUUCCCGGAUGAACAAUCUCACACUCUUAGAUCAGAGUAGGAUAGUGUGAUUUUUAUAUAAUGUUGUUGCUGUCUUGGAUUGUUACAGCUUGUACAUGUACGAAUAAGUAUAAUAAUGUUUCCGUUGGUUUUUUUUAGAUUAUUACGUUAAAUGGCAUACAAAAGUCUAAGCAUAAGACAUCGUUAAUUUCCACCCACUCAAUGCUACGUCACGUGGAUAUGAAGUUUUAGUAUUUUGUUUGCACAUGAUUAUAACAAAAAAACGACUCCACACGUUUGCGUUCACAAAAUUAUGGAGUGGCGUGGAUUCUCGUGGCGCGGGUUGUUCUAAUGGCGUGUCCAGCGUUGCGUGGGUUGCAUAUGUGUUGUAUUAUAUUAUAAGAUUAAGUAGUAAUUAUCGGGUGUUAUUGUAGAUUUUUACAAUUUCUUUGUUUAAGUUUACUGUUAUAAACUUAAUUAUCAUUCUCGAAUAUGUAAACCAUUUAACUUUCAACUGUAAAUGCUUGACAGGAUUAAUUUAUUUAAUCAUCAAGAAAGAAAAUGAUUGCGGAACAAAUAAUAUUCGAAAAUACUGAUAGUUCAUUCUGUAAUGCUAAUCCCAAAAGUGUUCCUAUUGUAUGAAAAAUAUCACCGGAAAGUGAAUCUCGUGCAAUAGUCUUUAUCCCUUUAACUUGCAUAAAAGUGGGAUAUUAUGGGUAUAUAAAUAACAUUUGCUCAAGAAAAUUCAGGGAAACCUAGUUAAUUCAUAACGUAACGUAUGUCAACAUACGCCUUCCAAACCUACUCCAUAGCAAUGGUAAUUAAUAUUAUUAUAGCAGGUGCCUUAGCAUGUCAAUUGCUAUGCUAUUUUCUAAGCACUAUUUAAAACAUAUUAAUUUGAGGAUAUCUAAUUAUUUAAUUUAGCUUCGCGUAUGUGAAGGACAGCACACGUGUAAAGUGAAGAACUGUAAUAAUUUAGUAACUAUUCUCGUGGCUGUAAAGGCGAGUAUACACUGGGAUCUAAGCAAUUUUAUUUAUCAUACUGGCAGUUGUCAAUGCCUUAGAAUCGCAUACUCCGUCACGCGCAAAACAACAAUACCCAUUAGAAAGCAGUAAAUAUUUUCAGUAUUCACAUUUCGCAACUACAUUAAAUUUGUUAAAUGCUAAAUUUAAUUUCGCAUUCUUAAGAAUGUUUGCGAUUGCUAUUAUUAAUCCAUCACUACCCCCAAUUAGUAACAAGAGUUAAUGACGCAAGAUGCACUAUUAGUAGCCUUGUAAACCGACACUUUUUUCGCGGUUGGGCGUUGUUAUCAGUUCCUUAAAGUGGCCUUGGAUUUAUUGCUCAUGUCCAAUAAAAGUAUAAGUAAGCUAAGGUUUUUUGAAAAUUUCACCUUGAUAGGUUGUUAUGCUAGUUAAUUAAUGUUAAUUUUAACUAAGAAUUGAUAGUGAGACUUUAAAAAAACAAUGAGAUUGAAAUACUUAACAGAAGUAGGUACUUAACGUAUGAUACUAGGGUGACCAUAUAAUUUCAAAUUACAUUGACCGGAUUUUUUGAAAUAGUGUACUUAACAUGUUACAAGUAUAAUUUUUAUGUCCCUGAGUCAUAUUUUUUACUGACCUUAAUAAACUAUAAUAUAUUCAACGUUUUAUAUUACAAAAGAAAUGGUGUGAUUGUUAUUUCUUACUGAUCUUAAUGAGAUUUUACGCCACAUUUUUCCAUUGUAGUAAAAAAUAUAAGGAUUCCUAGGAGUUAUCUAAACAUUUUGUUGGACGAAUUUUCUUGUAUUGGACAUAGUAGCGAGACUUACUAGAUAAACAUAAUCGUACCAUUAUUUGUUACGAUGCAAUUUAUGAUUUCUUCUUUAUAAAGAUAUUAUACACCACACCAAACCAAUUUCUCAAAAUGUGC